AUGUCUGAUAAUUUGCUUUCUCUAGCUGGUUGGUAUAUCCUGCCCAACCUGGUCACAGGAUGGGUUCAAUCAGCCUUCUAUGCCAUCUGGAUACGCGCUGGUGAUCCCAGACCUCAACCCGGAACCAGAACCUUCGUACAGCAUCGUCGAAGAAUAAACAUCAUAGUCAUUGUGGCCUAUCUGCUCUACACAAUCUACGAAGCCGACUUUCAACUCCGCAUGGCUGGAAACUUUUACCAAGACCUUGGUGUAGGACUGGCAGUCGACGAACGAGGAAUCAACAGUCGUUUCAGAAGAUUGUAUGUUUUGGAUCCUACCUCAGUUUCUUUCGGUUUGGAUAUGCUGACAGUAGUCGAAAAGANNACCCUGCUUCAUCACCCAGACAAAGUAUCUUCGGAUUCAGACCGCAGCACUGCAGAAGCCUACUACGUACAUCUCAAACUCUGCCGUGACAUCCUCAUCGACCCAACAAGACGCUUCGCCUACGAUCGCCUCGGUCCCGAAACCCUUUUCUGGCAAAAAUCAACCACGAUCCCUGAUUUCCUCUCCGUGGGGCUCAGACACAUCUUCAUGUACUAUCUCGGUACUGCUGGUGUAUUAACUCUUCUCGGCUUCUUGGGCUACAUCAAACAAGCUGCUUUCUGGCGCUUUCUUGCCUUGGCAGCUUUGGGCAUUUUCGAAGUUCAUUGCCUUACAAACCAAACUUUUCCUCGCCUCCUAACCCAACUCGCAAAUCCGGUGUUUGCCAUCAUCCCACACCAUCCUGCUUUCCUUCCCUUCCAACUAAUUUCUCUGUUGCGCAAACUGGUCUUGACGGCUUUCAUCGCCUUUUCUCAAAUCGGACCUUUGUUGUCCUCGCCCGAAGCCGCUGCGGCGCAAACAGACCAAACCGAUCAAGUAUCUCAACAGCAAUUACAGAGAUUAGGUGCUUUAGGACAAGCAUUGGAGAAUGAAGCUAAUAUGCUCAUGGGAUUGGAGAUGACGCCGUUUGCAAACGACGAAGGUGCGAUGAGGGAAAUGAGAGGCAGGAUGAAGAGGUUUUUGGUCGAUAACACCGUGAGGAGUAAUGCAGAGGUUAGGAAUGCGAUGGGUGAGGCUAUUGCAAGGAGGAGGCAGGGUGUGCCGCAUGGUGCUGUGGGUGCUAGGUAG